AUGGCCAAUCCUACUACCACCUCACGCGCCACCAUCCACUCCGCCGCCAAGCGCCGAAGACUUUCCGAUGACCACCAUCACUCUCUCCUACCAGGGCUGCCGGAUCAUGUAGCUCACCUAUGCCUCUCUCUCAUCUCUCCCACAGCCAUGUUUUCCGUUUGCCGUUCAUGGCGCCGGCUCAUCUACUCCUCCUACUUUCCACCUUUCCCAUCACUUUACACCCUUUCGCUGCCCACAACCACCGCCGCCGGCCGCCAUAACCAAACGCUAAAACUCUCUUCCUUUGAUCCCAUCUCUUCUAAAUGGAUUACCAUCGAUUCUCCACCGGUACCACCCUCUCUACACCGUCAUCCGUCGUUCAUUUCCCGGAAUUUACCCAUUCAAUCCCUCUCCGUCUCCGGCAACCUCCUUCUCCUCGCCGCCACCUCCGGCCACCUCCUUCCCGCCUUUUCACAUCCUUUAAUCUUCAACCCAUUAACUGACACGUGGUCAUCCGGUCCACCACUCUCAACCCCACGACGAUGGUGCGCCGCCGGAGCUUUACAAGGAACGGUGGUCGUCGCUAGCGGAAUCGGUUCGCACUACACCCAGACGGUGGCUCGCUCCGUCGAGAAAUGGGUUUUUUUUAAAGCAGAAUCUUUCGAUAAAAAACGUAAAGAUUCCGAUUGGAAUAACUGGGAAAAGAUGCGAUCUUUGAGAAACGUGAAGCUUUGUAGGGAAGCCAUUGAUGCCGUUGGAUGGAAAAGGAAGCUUUGUAUGGUGAACGUGAAAGGUGAUUACGCGAAAGAAGGGUUUGUAUACGCCAUGGACUCCGACGAGUGGGUGGAGAUGCCGGAAGGGAUGUUGGGUGGUUGGAGAGGGCCGGCAGCGGCGAUGGAUGAAGAGACGUUGUAUGUGGUGGAUGAAUCAAAAGGAGUAUUGAAAAGAUACGAUGAGAAUGGGGAUCAGUGGUCGGAAGUUAUGGCAGAUGAACGGCUGAAAGGGGCGGAGUACAUUGCCGCCGGUGGUGGUCGAGUGUGUGUUUUAUGUGAAAAGGACGUCGGAAUUUUAGUGGUGGAUGUGGUGGCCACGCCGCCGCGGUUGUGGGUCCUUGAAACACCUGCAGGAGAUCGAAUCUUGGCGGUUCAUAUUUUGCCGAGGAUGUGCUUGCCGGAGUUCCGAUCGGCGGUGGGAUCAGAAUCCAAAUAA